GCCCGUUCCACCUUAAAUGGUGCAGCCGUGCAGGAUGUAGGUUAACUGCUGCACCAUUUAAGGUGGAACGGACAAUUCGAAUAAGAAGCCGGGGAAUAAAAAUCAGUACUUGACAUUUAUACUCCACGAGCAAGAGAAAACGGAGAUGAAGAGCUACCGCACAUCGGUUUAGACUGAUGUUAACACAGAAACAGGGCAAACACAAACAGCCCCGCUCAGCUACCAGCGCUAAUCUAAGCUGUUAAAGCGGAAGCGGCUGUGGCUCAGUAAACAUCGACUUAGAAACUCAUAACUCAUAAAUCUGUCCUGUCGAGAUAAGACAAUAAAGCAGCUGCUCUAAAAGACAAAUGAUCAAACAGUCUGAUGACCUGACGUGAUCGAUUAUGGCCUCUACAGAUGAACCUCCUGAAAGGCACUGCUGGGUGUGUUUUGCGACAGAGCGAGAAGACCGUGUGGCCGAGUGGGUCAGUCCAUGCCGCUGUAAAGGCUGCACCAAGUGGAUCCACCAGGCCUGUCUGCAGCGCUGGCUGGACGAGAAACAGAAAGGCAACAGUGGUGGAGCGGUCAGCUGCCCGCAGUGUGGCACCGAGUACCGUAUAGUCUUCCCCAAAAUGGGUCCUCUGGUGUAUUUCCUGCAACAGGUGGAUCGAGUUCUGUCCCGUGUCAGUCCGUUUGCUGCUGCCGGCGUGGUGGUGGGGACAGUGUACUGGUCAGCGGUCACCUACGGAGCUGUCACCGUCAUGCAGGUGGUGGGUCAUAAGAAGGGUUUGGAUGUUAUGGAGCGUGCGGACCCCCUCUUCCUUCUGAUGGGUUUACCCACAAUCCCUGUAAUGCUGGUGCUGGGAAAGAUGAUUCGGUGGGAAGAUUAUGCUGUGCGACUGUGGCAGCGCCAUUCUGCCAAACUGCAGAUGCUGAGCAGCAUCGUUCCAGGUAUUGGUCGGCCCCUCCCCCGUGUUCCAGCUGAUGGUGGUUAUGGAGGUGACCAUAUUUCUGUGUCCCGGACACUGUGUGGAGCGCUGGUGUUCCCCUCCAUUGCCAGCCUGGUGGGCCGGCUUCUCUUCCGUAGGGUUCCCUCCAGCCUGCAGCGCACUGUUCUGGGUGGAAUUGCAUUUGUGGUGAUUAAAGGAGCAUUAAAAGUUUAUUUUAAGCAGCAGCAGUUCCUCAUUCAGGCCAACCGGCGCAUCCUUAACUACCCCGAAAGGGACGGACAGGGCGACUCGGCGGAGGAGGAGGAGGGUGGAAACGAGUAAUGAAGACGGUGUAGAUGAGUGACAAGGCCCAGAGCGCCCCCCUGCACUGAACUUCUGUUCUCUACAAGACUUCAAAAUUCAGAACCUAAUUAGUCAGAACUUUAUUCAAAACCAAUAUUUUGCACAGUUAAUAGUUUUGAGGUCUUGAUCACACUUAUGAAUUGAUGUUAUUUUAUUUCAGUUAUUGCUUUAUUAAAUUGUGUGAUUAUCUACAUUUGUGAAAGAAUUGUCCUUUUCAACAAGUCACAGAAAAAACAAUCAUAUUACCUUAUUUAUAAAAGUCUUGAUAUAACUCCUUUGUUCUCUGUAAUUAUUUGUGUGCUUCUGAUCAGACUCUCUUCUAGUGGAAAUCUUCAGGGAGGAAAAACACUGCAUUCUUACAUUUUCUUCACAGCAAAGACAAAUUUGUGUACUGCCGUAUUUCACCGUUUCUCAUGUGCCUAUCUGUCAUAAAUUGGGAUUGAAUCUGUCUGAAUUAUUGCAGAGAAGCAUAACAUUUGUGUGGAGUUAUAAGUAUAGUAUAAUUAACAAAAUGCACAUUUUAGUGCAAAAACUCAGCAUCACCAGAAAACUCUCUCGGAGUUCAGUACAUACAUCACAUCUGUCAAGCAUCAGACACACACAAGCUGCAAUACUAAUAAUUUUUUUAAAAUAUGCAAAUAUCUGCUGUUAGUGGUGCAACUCAAGUCCUCAAACAUCCCAAGAACAGACCUCUGUAACUUUUGGGUCACCAGCUAUGCUUUAUAUUUGAGUUCAUGGAAAUUAAAGGCUAACUCAGUCAUA